UCCCGGUUCCUCCGACAGAGCCCUGGAGCGAAAUCCCAAAUGCACAGCAGCCGCUCAUCCCCUCAUCCCCGGCAAACUGCGGCCCCAAAGGCUUUGCAGACACAAGGGAAGCCGCCAGGCCCCGCAGGAGGGACCCACAGCGUGUGCACGGAGCGAGGAGAGCGGUGGAGAGCAGAAACCCCCUCAGAGGAGAGGCGGGAGGGCGGUCCCUGGGCCGGGGGGAAGUUUCUGCUGCUGAAGAUGCUGAGGGAGGGAAGGAGAAAGGUGGGGGCAGAAAUCAAAUACAGUUGGAAGGCACCAGGGAGGUGGAGGAAGGAAAAGGGGAGGAGGAAGAGGAGGAGGGAGAGAAGGGGGAGUGGGAGGCUGGUGAGGAGGGCUGCAGCCCAUCGCCAGGCGAGCUGGAAGGUGGGCAGCCGGAGGACCGGCUCCGAGGAGGUUAUAAAAGGCAGGAGUGGGACGCAGCAGGACCCGCCGGGCUCCUUCGCUGGAAGCGCCGAGGAUUUGUCCCCGAGGGCAGGAGCAGCCCGGCAGGAGCGGGGACGCUGCCAGCCAUGCCCCGCGGAGCUGGGCGCACGGGCAGCUGAGGAUGGUGCCCAGCCUGCGUCCUGCCCUCCUCCUCCUCCUCCUGCAGGCAUUUCUCCUCUGGGACAGCCCGGUUGCAGCUUCCAUCCAGGAGCAGUACUGUGAGAGCCUGCCGCCUGUCACCAACCACUCUGGUCCCCAGUGCAACGCCUCGGUGGACCUGAUCGGCACAUGCUGGCCCCGGAGCGCGGUGGGGCAGCUGGUGGCUCGGCCCUGCCCCGAGUACUUCUAUGGUGUGCGCUACAACACCACCAAUAAUGGGUACAGAGAAUGCCUCGCGAACGGGAGCUGGGCAGCACGUGUCAACUACUCCCAGUGCCAGGAGAUCCUCAGUGAAGAGAAGAAGAGCAAGCUGCAUUACCACAUCGCUGUCAUCAUCAACUACCUGGGCCACUGUGUUUCGCUGGGGGCCCUCCUCGUGGCCUUUGUCCUCUUCAUGCGCCUGCGGAGCAUCCGGUGCCUGAGAAACAUCAUCCACUGGAACCUGAUCACAGCCUUCAUCCUACGCAAUGCCACAUGGUUCGUGGUCCAGUUCACCAUGAACCCAGAGGUGCACGAGAGCAAUGUGGUUUGGUGCCGCUUGGUCACUGCUGCCUACAAUUACUUCCAUGUCACCAACUUUUUCUGGAUGUUUGGCGAGGGUUGCUACCUGCACACAGCCAUCGUGCUCACGUACUCCACGGACAAGCUCCGCAAGUGGAUGUUCAUCUGCAUCGGCUGGUGUAUCCCCUUUCCCAUCAUCGUUGCCUGGGCCAUUGGGAAGCUCUACUACGACAAUGAGAAAUGCUGGUUUGGGAAGCGAGCAGGUGUUUAUACUGACUACAUUUACCAAGGCCCCAUGAUCCUGGUGCUUCUGAUCAACUUCAUCUUUCUGUUCAACAUUGUCCGAAUCCUCAUGACGAAGCUCCGAGCUUCAACCACGUCAGAGACAAUCCAGUACAGGAAAGCAGUCAAGGCUACACUGGUGCUGCUGCCCUUGCUGGGGAUCACCUACAUGCUGUUCUUUGUCAACCCCGGGGAGGGUGAGAUCUCUGGGAUAGUCUUCAUCUACUUCAACUCCUUUCUGGAGUCUUUCCAGACAUCCCCAAACCCCAGAGCUGUUCCAAAGCUCCUGGCUCGGGGGUACCUGUUGGCUGUGAUUCUGCUGCUUGUCUUCUUCCAGGGCUUCUUCGUCUCUGUCUUCUACUGCUUCCUGAACAGUGAGGUGCGAUCGGCCGUGCGGAAGCGGUGGCACCGCUGGCAGGACAAGCACUCCAUCCGUGCCCGCGUGGCGAGGGCCAUGUCCAUCCCCACCUCCCCGACCCGCGUCAGCUUCCACAGCAUCAAGCAAUCCACGGCGGUCUGAGCGGGAGCCAGAGGCCACACCGGGAGCCGACAUCUCACUGGGCUGUGGGGAACCCCUGGGAGGGGGCACGGCACAAGAGCAGGUCCUGCUGGCAGCCCCAGCCCUGCAAGGAGAGCAUGAACUCACUCGGUCAUGGGACACCUGCACAGCUCCUGCCCCUGAAGGACGGGACAGCUGAGAUGCUGCUUUGUCAUCUCCCUGGCAGCUGUGUGACCUACUGGCAUGGCAGAAAGAGCCAGAAGGACCUGGAGAGGUUGCAGCAUCUUUCUGCCAGCUCCAUCCUGGGCAUGAUGUCUCGAGGUUUGGGCAUGAUUUAUCAGGUUUGUCUGCUUUGAGGUGACAGGAAACCAGGUCAUUGCUGGGACAGCUUAUGGGGCUAAUUCCCUGGGAAGCUGGGUCAGCCUUCCAGUGAGCACAUGCUGGAAUGUUGCUGGUGGCGGGGGAACCCUCUGGAGGAGCCAAAGUCCUAUGUGUUGGAAGGGGAUGGAUAGAGAGCCUUGGAAUGACUGUAGACAUUGCUUCAUGUGGCUGUGUUUUUGUAGCACUGGGGUUGAGUCUUUCCCCUGUCUCUUGCUGUGUCUCCUGGUGUCCUGUAACUGCUGCUUGGUCUGACUAGGUCAUUUCUCAUCUUGACACCAAAGGUGGGGUAAAGCAGUGGGGUGGGAGAGCGGAAGUAACUCCUUCUCCCAUGGGGAUGGAUCCUAGGGGUUCUGAACAGCCACACAGAGUUGGCUUAUCUGGAGGGAAGCACAGGAAUUAGUUAAAUUCUCUGAUUCAGCCCAGAUGGAUCCACAGGUCUCUGCAAAGCUGUGGACCUCAGGCUGACUCCAUGUCCCUGCUCAGAGGGUGGAAAGGUGAGGGAGCCCUGCAGUGGAGCGGUGGCUGUGGUCCCCAAAGGCAGGUACCGCAGGGACAGGCCCUGGCUCUGCCCCCUCCUCCUUGCCCUGUUUUACCUGGGCAGAUGGGCCCAGUGCCAAAGCUGCUCCUUGCUCUUGUGCAGGGGAUGGGACCAAACCAUCCCCAUGUUGGGGUUAAGUGCCUUGGAGGAGCAGCAGCCUCCUUUCCUCCCUUCCCUCCCUUCCCAUCUCCCUCACCAUUCUCAGGACUCCAGAUUGUCCCCAGUUCCCCCUCUCUCAUUGCCCUCUUCCAUGUGGUCACCAAAAGCAGCUGAGCAGAGAAGUGGAUUUGCCUUGACCUCUUUGGAGCCACCUUUUCCUUGUCCCAUACAAGGUCUGGGGAUGCCCAGGCAGGAGACAGAUGACAGCAGGUUUAUGGGCUCUCUGCCUUCUGCAUCCCAGGGAUUUUGCCACUGGGGCCAUACAGGGUGUGGUGUGAGCCCCUUCACACUCCUGUGCCUCAGUUUUCCCGCUAUAAAGAACAGGCAUAAAUGUUUCCUGCCCUGGGGAGAUUUAAGCAUCUUUGAAAUUGCAGUAUUUUGUGAUUUCCUCAGGAUAUACCACCAGACAGGAAUAAAAUCUUGCAUCUUUUUAUUUAAAGAGAAGCAUAAGGAAAAAAACUCUGUGUUCUUUCUUCAAACAUUUGUGAAUUUCAGUAGUUUGGAGCAAAUUCCUCCCACUUCUCUCCCAUUUUGGUUUUCUACCUGCAAGUCUACAGUGCAGCAAAACUGGAGACAUCCCAUUGACUCCAAUAAUCUGCUAGGAAUAGCAACAGUUCCCAGUAUGACACAGUGACCACAACAAGGACCAUACCCUGCACACAGGGCACGUUUCAGUCUUUGUUCAAGUUCAGCCACUGCCAACAGUCCCCAAAACUGCCCCUUAUUCAAAAUAUGGGUGUGAAAAAGACCCCACGAGUUAUGCAAUGGGAAAAGGGGCAACUGCCAGCUCUAUGGACACUUUCUGCUGGUACUCUACAAGGAGUAGAUUUGUAUCUUCUCUGUCAUGGUUUCUCUGUUGGGUGCUUUGGCAGGAGCUAAUAAUGAUCUUCUGGCAAUGGAGAAGGGGAAAUGUCCCAGAGAGCUUUUCUUCCUCAUCCCUGCAAGUGAUGUUGCCAAAAAAUGACAUGCUACAUGUUCAAUUUUGACUUUUCUAAAGUGGGGUCUUUUGGUGGAAAGAAGCUGGAAAUUGAAAAACCAAAGAAAGAAACCCAAACAGAAGCAUCGGUGUUCAUAUCACUGUUUUUCCUUCUCCUCUUGGUGGUCUGCUCCAACUGAUGUGACUUUGCUUUCCAUAGCUGGAGUGUGUAUUCUCAGUCUUGUUUGAUUAAAAAUACUUCAAUUCCUCUUA